GACCAGCAGAUAUGGGAGAAGGCCGUGGAGCAGACCCAGAUGAAGGGCUUCAAGAACAAGCCGAAGAAAAAGGGGCACAUCCAGCCCGAUCUGAUCGACGUGGAUCUGAUCAGCGGCUCUACCUUUGCCAAAGCCAAGCCUGAAAUUCCCUGGACAUCGCUGACGAGGAAAGGAAUUGUGAGAGUAGUGUUUUUCCCCUUGUUCAGCCAGUGGUGGAUACAAGUCACUUCCCAGCGUAUUUUUAUGUGGCUCUUGGUGCUCUACGUUAUGCAAGUCGUAGCAGUGGUGCUGUACUUCAUGGUGCCUGUUGUGAGUGCCAGUGAAGUGAUGGGACCCCUGUGCCUUAUGCUGCUGCUGGGGACAGUUCACUGCCAGAUCGUGUCCACCCAGGUGAACAGACCUGCAGGGAACAACGGGCUCAGCCGGCGCCGCAGGAAGUUACGCAAACCUGUGGGUGUGGAUGGGAACAGUUGGUCUCCUCCUGACAGAACCAGCAAGGAAGAGCAGUCUGGCUCUGCAUCUCUGCUGACCAAUUUAUCCAGUCUGCUCUUCCAGAGGAGGAAUAGAAGAGUAAAGCUGGUAGCUGAGAAAUGGACCGAGACAGAAAGUGCUGUGGGUGAUUGCAUCAAACCCAGACAGGCCAGAUCUGAACACAGGCUGCUGCACUCCAAAGAGAAAAGUAAACUUUCUGAUGGGGAGAAGAGCCAUCAGGAUGAUGGCACCAACAGGGACGGUGUUUCUGAUGAGUUGUCAAGCGAGGAGGAUGCUGGGGCCAUGGCACAAAGGAUCCUGCUACGCCACAGCAUGGAAGGGGCUUCCAGUGACAACAGCUAUGAGGAGAAGAAAAAGAGGCCUCUGGUUUCUCUCAACCAGGCUGUCUCACAGGUCAAGCAAGCCCUGAAAGGUGCCAGAGACUCUGACAGUGUUGUGGAGUCUGAACUGGAAUCCACAUUAUACAGGCAGGAUCCCAGGUCGUGCCUGAGCGUGGGGCCCCGGAGCUGCAGUGUGAGCCGGCGGGACUCAGAGAGCACGCGGCAGGACUCAGAGACUGAGGACAUGCUGUGGGAUGAUCUCCUGCACGGCCCCGAGUGCCGCUCCUCAGGCACCAGCGACAGCGAGGAGUGCUCUGCCAGGGACUCCCGCAGGGACCUGAAGGAAGAUGUCUUCCAGCAGAACCAUCUGUUUUGGCUUCAGAACACCAGCCCAGCAUCUGCCAAAGUGAGUGCUCUGAUCUGGGAAGGGAAUGACUGCAAGAAGGUGGACAUGUCUGUGCUGGAGAUCAGUGGAAUUAUCAUGAGCAGGGUUAAUGCCCACCAGCAAGGAGUGGGGUAUCAAAUGCUGGGAAACAUCAUCACCAUCGGGUUGGCCUUCCUGCCAUUCCUCUACAGACUGUUCCACACAGAUAACCUGGAGCAGCUCUGCUCCAUUUCUCUGAUGGAGCUUCUGCACAUCUUCUGUGGAGCCCCUGCCAGCACCCCUGUGCUCAUCCUGUCUGCCAUCAACUUUCUGGAAAGGCUGUGCUUAACCUGGAUGUUUUUCUUCAUGAUGUGUGUUGCGGAGAGAACCUACAAACAGAGAUUUUUGUUUGCUAAGCUCUUUAGCCACAUUACAUCUGCUCGGAAAGCCAGGAAAUAUGAAAUCCCUCACUUCAGGCUCAAGAAGGUGGAGAACAUCAAGAUCUGGUUAUCCCUUCGCUCCUACCUGAAGAGACGAGGCCCCCAGAGAUCUGUGGAUGUUGUGGUGUCCUCAGUCUUUUUACUGGCUCUUUCAAUUGCUUUUAUCUGCUGUGCCCAGGUUCUUAAGGGUCACAAAACCUUUCUCAAUGCAGCUUACAACUGGGAGUUCCUGAUGUGGGAGGCAGCACUGCUCCUCUUUCUGCUACGUCUGGCAUCUCUGGGCUCUGAGACCAACAAGAAAUACAGCAACAUUUCCAUCCUGCUCACUGAGCAGAUAAACUUGUACCUGAAGAUGGAGAAGAAGCCAAACAAGAAGGAGCAGCUGUCUCUGGUAAACAAUGUGCUGAAACUGUCCACAAAGCUGCUGAAGGAGUUGGAUAGUCCAUUCAGGCUGUACGGACUGACCAUGAACCCACUGAUCUACAACAUCACACGGGUUGUCAUCCUGUCUGCUGUCUCAGGAGUGAUCAGUGACUUGCUAGGAUUCAAUAUCAGAUUAUGGAAAAUUAAACCAUGAAUUGGCAGAACAUCAGCCCUGGGCAUCUCCACCAGACACCAGAGAAGAACCAGCAGUGUGGGCAGAAAGAGAAAAACUGACAGAAAUCUGUAAUUCCAAUUUUUAAACAGAUUCCCAGUGAGAGUCAAAUGGCAGAAGAAGUUUUGGUAGUCAGUUGUUUACAGCUAUUUUCUGUACAAGGAAACGUUGUGAGAUGUAAAAGGAGGUGACAGUUUUAUAUAGCAAAAUGUGCAAAUAAACCUGCUGGUCAAGCACUUCAUCAUUACCAA